CUCGUGCUCAAUGAAAUGUCGAGUGACCUUCGACAAUUUUACCCUCGCCGCCGACGCGCUAUGCACCGCCGCUCCUCCGCCGCCGCCGCCGCCGCCGCCGCCGCCAUGUCGCCGCUCGCCCGCUCGUUGCUCGUUCUCGCCACGCUGCUCGCCGUCGCCGGCGCCCUUGCAAAUCCUUCUUGCUCUAGCGUGGUGCUAGGUCCUGGUGGAGGCAAGGACCCUUACAACAGUACUCAAGAAAUCAAUAAUUCUGACCAAGCAAGUGGCACGGUCAAUAUUCCUGAUAAAUGCACCGAUUCCGAAAAACACCUGGUGAGUCAGGACGUGGGCGCCUGCAGCAAGGGAGGCAGCGCCCCCCACAUCACCGUCAUGGGCAACCGCUUCUCCCCGGUCGUCAUCACCUGCCCGGAGGACGCCGGCGGGUGCCCGGUAGUCGAGCUGUAUGUCAUGCAGUAUUGUGCUUUCAACAAACACACAUUUUAAUUAAUAUAUUACAUAUUUAAGUGUU